AUGUAUCAGAAUUUGACAAUCACAUUGAAUCUGCUAAAAGUCUAUUUGAUGGAUGCUGAUGAUUUGGACUUGGAGAAAGUCCCUAAUAACGCCUUUGUCAUUUACCAAGGUCACCAUGGUAAUUGGAGUGUGUAUUGUGCCAAUGUGAUUUUCCCCUCCUUGGCUUUCUUUGAGAAAGAUGGGAUAGUAAAUACAGAAGGAUGUGUUCGUAUAAUUGUACUAGCAGUCUCCAUAGUCGACGAUGUUAGGGGUGAUUGGAAAAUAAUUAGAGAAUUAUCUGAGGUAGCAGGUGCUAGUUGCCUUAAGGAUUGUGGAAUCCAAUCUUUUGUAUAUUGA